AUGUUACAAAAUUCUGUGCAGUUUGAUGGGAAGGAUCACGAAGAUCCAGGUCGGCACAUCGCAUCAUUUCUCGAGGUGUGCUCGACUUUCAAAAUUAGAGACGUUUCUGAAGACGCAAUUCAUUUGCGACUCUUUCCAUUUUCUUUACGAGACAAAGCCCGAUCUUGGCUUUUGUCACUUCCAGCAGGUUCUAUCACGACUUGGAACGAGAUGGCCGAUCUUUCUAUGCAAAAAUAUUUCCCGCCGGACAAGACAACUAAGCUUAAGAAUCGUAUUAUGACAUUCAAACAGGACGAAGGCGAAUCUCUACACGCAGCUUGGGAGAGGUUCAAAGAUCUUCUGAUCGAUGUUCCACAUCAUGGGUUGUCCAAAAGGCAACUUGUCUUGAACUUCUACCAAGGACUCAACUACGACUCACAAAAACGUUUAAAUAUAUAUAUAUAUGCAGGAGGCGAUCUUGGAACAAAAACACCGAACGAAGCCUACGUAAUUACAGAGAAAGCUACCUUGAAGUCGAGUUCUCGUCAUGGUGGAGUGCGAAACAAAGCAUCAUCUAUUCCUGGAGUUCAUCAAGUGGAUACAUAUACGGCUCUUGCAGCACAGAUUGGAGCUUUAGCAACAAGAUUUGAUCAAGCUCAGAACGUUUCGCAGGUACAAUCAUCAUGUGAGUUGUGUGGAGUGUCACACGAGCCAGGUACAUGUGAGCAGGGUGUUAUGUUUACAGGCCACGAAGAGGUGGACUAUUUGGGCAAUCAAAUUAGGCCCCGGAAUAACCCCUAUAGCAACACGUACAAUCCAGGUUGGAUAAAUCAUCCAAACUUUGGGUGGAAAGCUAAUUCCAAUAACCAAAACCCACUCGGAUAUGCUCAACGCGCUCCCACACCACAACAGUCUCAUGGGCAAUCCUUUCAGCCCCAUGGACAAUCUUUUCAGCCAUCAGGGCAAACAUUUCAACCACGUUACAAUAAUUUAGGUUCAGGAAGCACUUCCCAGCCUCAAACCUCUCAAACCAACUCAAAACUAGAGGAGAUGAUGGCGCAACUGUUAAACAACUCCAACAAGGCAAACCAAAUAUCGGAAAAGCGAUACCAGCAACAUUAG